AUGCCAAAUUACACAUCACCGUUGUAUGAAUAUAUUCCGCAGUCAGAAUUACCCCCUAGGUGGAAAGUCCCCAAGUUUACUAAGAUUUAUGGGGACACUAACGAGUCCACUGUCGAAGACGUGGCUAGGUACCUAAUAAAAGCGGGGGAAAUUGCUAAUAACAAGAACCUAAGGAUACAGUAUUUCCCAAGUUCCCUUAAGAAGAAUGCCUUUACGUGGUUCACCAUGUUGCCAGCAAAUUCAAUCCAUGAUUGGACUCGACUGGAAAGGUUAUUCCAUGAACAAUUCUACAUGGGACAGUCGAAGAUCAGUUUGAAGGAAUUGGCCAUUGUUAAACGAAAAUUCUCUGAGCGAAUAGAUGAUUAUUUGAAUAGAUUCUGUUUGCUUAAGGCCAUAUGUUUUACACAAGUGCUUGAACAUGAAUUGGUUGAAAUGGCCGCUGGUGGCCUUGAUUAUUUCAUUAGGAAGAAACUGGAUACUCAAUAUCUAAGGGACAUGGCCCAGUUGGUUGACAGGGUUCGACAAGUAGAGCGCCUGAAGGCUGUAAAAGAUAGGGAAAAUAAGAAUAAUAGGAGGGAAAGGGUAGCCUACGUUGAAUUGGAUGAAGAUGAUCCAGAAACGUAUAGUGGUCCCCUAAAUUUUGACGAAAGAGAAGUGGACCUCGUUGAAUCGAAGCAAGGACCACCUUACUCUUGCAAAUUCUUGGCACAUUCGAAUGGAAAAAACCCAGUUGAACUAGAAAAGAGUGAUGCUUUCCCUAAGAAAACAUACACUUUCGACGUCACCAAGUGUGAUGAGAUUUUCGAUUUAUUAGGUAAAGAUGACCAGAUGAUAGUGCCUCUUGGUGCUAAAAUACCUCCUCUAGAACAAAGGAAAAAUAAGGGGUUUUGGAUCUUGUGCAGAAGGUUAUCAGAGACGAAAGAUAGGUCGAAGUCUCAAAUGAGGAUUAAUUCAGAUCCUCUCCGAGUGGCAGGCGCCCACUUAGCUGAACCAUCUUUUGUUAAUAUGGUGGAAGUGUCUGCGGACUGUGCCAAGAAAGCUAUAAUGGUUGAAGUUAUUAAAGGCCUUAACCAAGGAGUCACUGAAGGCUUCAACAAGGGAACCACUGAGGGUUUCUUUCAAGGAGUCAUUGAAGGUUUCAACAAGGGAAUCACCGAGGGUUCUAGCCAAAUGAUCACAACAAAUGAAACUACUGAAGGUUUCAUAUAG